AAAAUGCUGGGAGGCACUGCUAUUCUCUUCGUUCUGUUGGCUGUUUGGCCAACUUUUGUCAUCUCCAACAUAAGUUAUGUGGGCUACGGUCAUCACAUUUUAAAUGGGGAUAUAAUCCAGAUAAUGGGUACAGCAAAACGGAUUGUGAAAAGCAACGAAGAUCUCAAGGAGUACAAAGGCCCGAAUUCUUGCAAUGUUGCUUUCGACGAGAAGAAUGGAGACAUGUAA